AUGAGGAAUGAUCUUCAUCAGACCUUCGGCGAGAUCUUCAACGGCGACCCAUCCGCUUUCCGCAAGCAAUUACUAGAGGUCCAACGUUUCACAACUGAUCGAAGCAAGGCUGAAAAAUGGGCAAAGAAAUUGCGGUUUCUGGAUAUUUCCGAAAUACCAGAUCUACAGGCAGAGAAGCAGAAACGAGACUGCCGCUACGCACUAGCUAAGGCUCGCCGUUAUUUCUACGAGCGAAAGAUACCGUCAUGCGAAGUCCCCAUCACGGAGCGUGAAGAAGACGACGAAGACGCAUACAUUGCUGUCUCAUGGAGAUGGGCUCACUUCGAUGAGCCUGAACCCCCUGUAUUCGAUUAUCGAAUCAGGAGGCCGCAUGCGAAGCGGCACAAAAGUGACUUUCCGGACCGCUACAUGGAUCGGGUAAUACAAUUCGCACAGAGCGUUAAUGUGUCCAAAGUAUGGAUCGACAAGGAGUGCAUAUAUCAGAGAUCGGGAGACGAAAGAAAGUGGCCAAAAGAUAAGGAACUGGGAGUUCAGAUCAUGGAUCUAGUCUACGGCGACAGUGAAGUCUCGGUUGGCCUACUCACCGUGAAGCUUACGCGUCAACACGAAGUUGAUCUUCUAUCUGAGCUCCUGCAGGGCCGCAUUUUCGUCGACCCCAGAGACAGAGAAAAUCCAAAGUUGAGACCCGAAGUCAAUGUUCUAGCAGUACAAAGGCUGAUUCAGCGCAUUCUUAGCGACCCUCGCUGGGAUCGUGGCUGGAUCUUCCAAGAAGAUCACUUGGCUUCGAACAGGAUGACCUUGCUCAUACCGUGCGGUGCAAGUAUUCGAAAAGAUCGGGGCUAUGACUUUGGUGAUAUCCUUGGGGAUUUGAAGAUCAAACUUAAGGAUCUCCGACAAAAUGCGACCAUGUUUUGUUUGGCUCGUCCUGAGGAACGGCGGCCUAAUACCGACAUACUGAAAAAGCUCAAACAAUACAACAUCUGCAACAAGAGCUACAAACCGCUACAGGAAGACCAUCUGUUGCGUUCCGGGAGCAAUGGCGUUCGCGGUAAUACUGGCGAUAACAAGAACCAUCGGCGCGGAAGCAACUACGAGAUUUCAGCGUACCGAACGACUACGAACUGUGUGCUCGACGAUAUUUGCAGCCGUUCGUUGGAGAACGAGGAGGACAGAAUCGCUAUCCUUGCAAACGCUCUAAGAUUUACUAAGCGCAUAGAUAUCGGGAAAGGAUCUCCGAUACAUAAGCCAGACAAAUACAGCCUCUCUGUAGCUCUGCUCGCACUGAUACUGGUGAAUGGGGAGAUAUUGAAGAGUACGACAUGGGAACCAUCUGACCGUGCGCGUCUGCCCUGCGAAAGUAACCUGAUGCAGCACACGUUACAAUCAUAUCUCGCGGCAUGUCAACACGAGUUUAGUGUCCCUAAUCUGCGAUUCCAGCAAACUUUCGUCGACCACUGUCGUCUCAAAUCCCCAACUAUCACGUCUCGUGGUCUUCAGACGGAAGGCUGGCUUUUCGAACUAUUCCCUCGUGAGCGAUCAAGAAUACGAGCAGACCAGCUCAGCCUCCGUCUCACCGAUUCGGAUCGAGAAGCUCUAUCUGAUCUAGGCCGAGGUCCAGUGCUUCGGGGUACGAAGCUCGACGAGGAUGCACAUACGGCAUUGGAUGCACUGAUUCAGAAGUUGGAAGCACUAUGGCCAGGUAGCAAGCUCGCCAGCUACAUGCGCAGACAACUGUUUUUUGAUGAACAUCUGUCGCGAUCAGAUUUACCACCGUCUGCACCCGUAUCACCUGCUUCUUCACCGCUCUCCAAGAACCGGCACCGAUCAUUCAACCAAAGCAUGUCUUCCCAGACUAAAAAGCUCGUCCUGAAAUUCACUCUUACCCCGCUUACAUACCUGUUCACUCACAUCAACUCGCUCUUUCAAUCGCAGCGCAGGGCAUGGAAAGACUUCGCCGAAAAUUGUCCGGAUCCUGCUCUUGUAAACCUGAUCAAUGGGCCCAUGGAGGAUACUGGAAGACUGCUGAAUAUGACACAAAACUUUCUGCGAAAGCUCAUCGACUUGGCAGAGAUCAAACUGAAGCAGGUAGAAACGGAAGCACAAAUAGCCGGUGCAGAAUGGCUCGACAAUCCGACCGAUCCCAUGAACAACGCCAAAUUCCUCAUGGCGAGAAAGAUUCAUAGCGCCUACUUCAAGCAUAUGAGGGAGGCUUGGGAUGUUGGUUUAAAAAUUAUUCCUGGAAUACAGGCGAGAUUUGACGAUAUGGAGGACACGCUCGAGAAGCUCGCUGUGCUCAUACCAAUCGAGGAGCUGGCGCUGCCACUUGAGCCAUUCGUAGUCAAGGGAUUAGAAGUCAACGACAGGAUGUGGGUGUUUGCAAUAAGGUUGUUGGGCAUAUUGCGGACGGUUGAUAUCCCCCUCGGUGUUGCGACUGUGGCUGUCAACGUCGAAAAGUACCCAGAAGCGGACAAACUUGCGCGAGCAAGAUACAAAUUUGGGGAUUACUGA